GGGCGGGGCCUCGCCGCUCUUUCUCCAAUGCGCGCGCGCUCUUUCGGUUCGCUCCGCGUUCCAGGCCGAGGCGACGUCGACGGCGAGGCUCAUUCCGCCUCACAGCGCUGAGGCGGCAAGAAGCAGGGGGUCCCCGCUGCCGCCGGACCGACUGACUCCCCCCAGCCUCGCCUCAUGGAGCCCGGCGGCCUUGCCCCGCCGAGGCUCUCUCACCGCCGCCGCCUCCUCCUGCAGGACCAGCCGCGCUGCCCCGCUCCCAAGGGUCUCGGAGGCCUCCCCGAACCCGCCGGCCUCGCUCGCGGCGCCGACCGCCGGAGGAGCCUGGGCUGCGGCGGCUCAAGUGAAAAUUGUGUACAAACGUCGGAAGAAAAGAAUGUCAAUCUGCAAAGGACGUCGUCUUCUGAAUCUACAGAUUCAGGUUGCUGUAUGGAUUCUCCUACCCAGCUCGGCAUGAAAAAUCUUGAUGAAAUUUUUAGAGUGCCCAUGCGGAGAAUGCACUCCCUCCCGCAGAGCCUUUUGGGAUGCAGUCCUGCUCUGAAGAGGAGCCACUUAGAUUUGCUCAGUUGUGAUGUCUUCCAGGGAUGUGGCCCUGAGGAGAACAAAGAGAAUGAACCAUUUGAAUUCAAAAAGCCAACAAAGCCAGCUUCUCGUACCUGUCUGCGUACCUCUUCCCUUGAAGAUGAAGCGUUGAGGCAGGAGCCCGCCACAACACUUUUGUUUCAUAGUGGAAAAGUUGACAACUAUCAAGAAAGCUUCAGUCCAGCAUUUCUGAGGCCACUGUCCCGAGGGGCCUCAGAAACUGAGGAAGAUGAUGACGAUGAUGAUGGAUUCUUAGAGAUAAUGGAUGGUCCAGAUGUCUGCAACGAUGGUGAGAUGCCCUCUGACGUGGCCAGCCUUUGGACAGCUCCUCUAGUCAUGAAGAAAGGGGAGGAUGCCCAUAAUAAACAGUGCAGGUUGCUGGGCGUGGAAAGCGAGCCGUACAGCAUGGCCAAAGCUGCCCUGAAGAGAACGGGACGAUCCCCAGAAGAGAACUCGCCAUAUUUCAUCAAGAGGAAAAGAAACGUCUGCAAGGCAUCUUCUGAAGAACUAACGAGCCUGGUGCUGAUUGACCCAAACUCGUUGUUUGAAAACUCAACGGAAAUAGAGAGCGUUUUGGACAAUGACGCAAGGGAUCUUAUUGGAGAUUUUUCAAAGGGUUACCUUUUCCAUACUGUAGACGGGAAGCAUCAAGAUCUGAAGUAUAUUGACCCAGAAAUGAUUGUUGACGUGUUGAAUGGCAAGUUUUCAAACUUCAUUAAGGAGUGCGUGAUAAUUGACUGUCGAUAUCCCUAUGAAUAUGAAGGAGGCCACAUCAAGGGUGCUGUGAACCUUCACAUGGAAGAGGACGUGGAGGACUUUUUGCUGAAGAAGCCCAUCGUGUCAUCGGAUGGCAAACGAGUCAUCAUCAUUUUCCACUGCGAGUUCUCUUCAGAGCGGGCCCCGCGGAUGUGCCGAUUUGUGAGGGAGAGAGACCGACUUGGCAACAGCUACCCCUCUCUGCAUUAUCCUGAACUGUAUGUUCUGAAGGGGGGGUACAAGGAUUUCUUCUUAAAAUGCAAGAGCUACUGUGAGCCCCAAGCCUAUCGCCCGAUGCACCACGAAGACUUCAAGGAAGACCUGCGCAAAUGCCGCACGAAGAGCAGGACCUGGGCUGGUGAGAAGAGCAAAAGGGAACACUACAGUCGCCUGAAGAAGCUCUGAGAGCCGCAAGAAGGGCAGCCAGAUUUAGCCUGCCUGCCUGCCCUGUGGGUGAAAGCGGGGACACAUUAACUUCUCCAUGUGCCUCGCAGGAAUUGUUCACUCCUUGCAUGGGCUUUGCUUCACCGUCUACUGAAUCAUUUCACCCAAGACCAAGCGGAGUCCUUGGACUGCCAUAUUGCAGGCAUGAACCCUUCAAGCGUUUGCGUUCUGUCCGUGAAUCCAGGGUUUCCCCGUAUGCUUCUGAAGACAAUCCAUUUAAACAGUGUGUAUACGGGAAUCAGGGUAGCAUAUAACUGCCGAGCAGAGUGUCGAUCAUGAGAUUUUAAUGUCGAUUUUACAAAUUGUGCCUUUUUAUGUUAGUACAGCCGGAUGAAGCUAAGUUACCUGUGACUGGGUUUCCUGGGUUGUGUCAUGGCCCUAAUUUUGUAUAAGGGGCAAUGAGCAGGGAGGGUUUUUUUUGAGACCUGGCCCCAUCCUCUGAGCUGCACCUCUGAUAUUGCCAGCAUUCUCUUACCACGUGGAGGAGGGGUGUUGGAAGUAUUUUCGUGGAACUUGCAUUUGCUUCCUGUAAUGAAGUAUUUAUCUGCUGCCAAAGAGGAAGCUGUUUUAUCAUGUUCUAACUUAUUCUUGGACCUUGUCGUCACCUUAAACUUAGUUGCUUUUUAAUGCGUAGGUGUGACAUUUUACAUGUGCGACGCCUGGGGCGACCCUGGUGCCAAAACAGCCUGUCAGUGUUCAGAUGCAAACUACCGUCCCUGCAUAUAUACAAUCACACACCCUAUGUGCUCGGCUGUGAUUUUGGCAUCCUUCUAGGGCAGCCUCAACCUCAUGCCCUCCGGAUACUUUGGGCGGCAGUUCAGGCUGGAACAGGUGACUGUUACAGUUCAGAACAUCUGGUGGGCACCAGGUGGGCGAAAGCUGACAUAGAAGGUAAAUCUGGCCUGGAUAGAUCAUGCUGUGUGUUUCUCCUUCCUCCAACUGUCCCCAACAGAGGUUUGCUAACCCUUUUUAAAGAAUUUGGCUCCCAAGUCACUCCCUCAUGCCUUAUUGGAAGGGUGCUGGGAGGUAGGAUGGCAGUGAGUCUUCAUCCGCCCAGUGAGGAAUCAGUGGCUUUCAAGUGUGUAAGUUACACGGCUGUUUGAGGAGUGUCGGCCAAAACAAAUUCCGAGCUGCUUUAAAUUGCUCCAGUUACCAGUGUAAAUCUUGGGGGCAGAAGGAGCUGAAGUAACUCAGAGACUAUGUUGUGCCUGGCCAGAAAGUAUUACAAGCCAGCUUACUUAUAAACAUUAGGGGGAGAACAAGUGUUUUUUAGGGGGAAUUAGUAUUGCAAGCUAUACUUUUCCGUAAUUGUGUUUUGGUCUUUGAAACAAGCCUUCAAAUAUUAUAAGAAAUCAGUCAAUGGCUAAACUCAACCAUGAGGCUGGGACGUUUUCUGCUUCGUAUUUGUGCAGAUGUUUGGUUUUUGGCGAUGUUGUUCCAUAUGCUCAAACUCUUUGAGCUGUGAUGCAAUUCCGUGUCUGCAUCAGAUCUAAAAUACCACCCCCUAGUUUGUUUGCUCUGCUGUUACUUGGCCUCUGUGCAGGUGAUCAGCAGGUACCUCCAAACUGGGGUGGGAUUAGAAGGCUCACUUCAAUGCAAGCCAGUCCUCCCAUUCAGUGUUGAGGAAGGCUGCACCCUUCAACCAGAGGUGGUGCUUAAAUGGGGUGAAUUGCCGUAGCGGAAGUCCAGGCUUUUGCCCUUUCUGCAACAGGGACCAGCGGUCUGCCAGACAUUCUACUGUUUCCUUGCUGGCUGCUUCCUGUGAACAUUCCCAAAGGUGUUCCUGGUAUUUGGAUAUGUAUUGUUUGUUCAAGUUGCUGUUUGUCUUUUUAAUUUGACAUUUGCACAUAAUUCAUUUAAGGGUAGGAAAAACA